UCUCGCCUCUUUCUUUGUCCCGGAUCCUUCCUUCGCUCCGCCAAUUUCAGAAAAAAUUGGCAGCUUGGGCAAACAAUUGCUAGUGUGCUCAACCUUGAGGAUCAGUAGCGGGGACAGGAGAUGAUCACGCGAGCAAAGCUGGUGGAACAGCUGCGGGAGCACCAGAUCCGGUCGGCGCAGUCGUACUCCGCGGCCCUCGCCGUCUUCUCCCCCAACCCCCACAUCGCCUCCAGGCGGGACCUGAGGGUGGCUCUCCUCUAUGCCUUUUUGUUCUGUUUUCUCAUGGUGUCGUGCUAUGCCGCGCUUUACCUGAAAUGGUUCAAGCUCUCGUCCCUAUUUGUAAUCCUCGGAAUCCUUCUCCCAGUAAGUCUCAAAAUCUCUAGGCAUAGAAGGCUCAGAAGGAAAAGAGAGCGAAGAUUGCUGUUGCCCUUGUCCAUGUGAAUAUCUUUCCGAUACCCUGUAACAUUUUAGUGAAGUGGCUCAACUACAAAGAGGAAAAAAUCCUGGGUUUACUCAAUUCUCCGGCUCGACCUAUGCCCUUGAAUGAUGUUGUAU